UUUUUGGUGAGGCCAAUGGUAUAAAAAAGUUAAACCAAAUUUCACACUUGCACGAAAUUCCAAAGGAAAAUUCCACUUCCGAAACACCCCAGCAUUUUCCAUUUCUUCAUUUGAUUUUGUUGGCUUUCCAGAAAUAAGCAAACGAAAAAACCAGAACUGCCCCAUUUUUUUUACAUGUUUUUCUUUCACGAUCUUCUUCUUCUUCCUUAAAACUGAUCUACCCAAGUCACACAGAAACACCCACGUGUCAGCAAAAGAGAAAGAGAAAGAGAAAGAGAUGGAGCUACAAAGAUUACAUGUUCUUCUAGGUCUUGUGUUGUUGUCUGUGAUAGGGAGUUGUUAUGCGAGAUUUGUGGUGGAAAAAAACAGCUUGACGGUAACGUCACCGGAGAAGAUUAAGGAAACCCAUGAUAGUGCAAUUGGGAACUUUGGCAUACCCCAAUAUGGGGGAAGCAUGGCUGGUGUUGUGGUUUAUCGUAAGGAGAACCAAAAGGGUUGUAAGCCUUUUGAUGAGUUUGAGAUUUCCUUUAAAACUAAACCUGGUGCUCUUCCUACUUUUGUUUUGGUCGAUCGUGGAGAUUGCUUCUUUGCUUUAAAAGUUUGGAAUGCACAGAAGGCUGGUGCCUCUGCAGUGCUUGUUGCAGAUCAUAUUGAAGAAGCAUUGAUAACAAUGGACACACCUGAAGAGGAUAAAUCAUCUGCCAAAUACAUUGAAAAUAUAACAAUUCCAUCUGCCCUUAUUGAGAAAACUUUUGGUGAAACUCUAAAGAAAGCAAUCAAUGGUGGGGAUAUGGUCAAUGUUAAUCUUGAUUGGCGAGAGGCUGUUCCACACCCUGAUGAUCGUGUGGAGUAUGAGUUAUGGACUAACAGCAAUGAUGAAUGUGGAGCUAAAUGUGAUAUGCUGAUAGAAUUUGUGAAGGAUUUUAAGGGUGCUGCACAAAUACUUGAAAAAGGUGGCUAUACUCAAUUCACUCCCCACUACAUAACUUGGUACUGCCCUCGGGCUUUCACUCUAAGCAGACAGUGCAAAUCUCAAUGCAUCAACCAUGGAAGAUAUUGUGCACCUGAUCCUGAACAAGAUUUUAGUUCCGGCUAUGAGGGAAAAGAUGUUGUGAUUGAAAACUUAAGGCAGCUAUGUGUUUUCAAAGUGGCAAAUGAGACCAAUAAGGCAUGGUUGUGGUGGGACUAUGUGACAGAUUUUCAAAUAAGAUGCCCCAUGAAGGAGAAAAAAUAUAACAAGGGAUGCGCUGAUGGUGUUAUCGGAUCUCUUGGGCUUGAUGGUAAAAAGAUUGAAAAGUGUAUGGGAGACCCUAAUGCUGAUGCAGAUAAUCCUGUUCUGAAAGAAGAACAAGAUGCCCAAGUGGGGAAAGGAUCUAGGGGUGACGUUACCAUAUUGCCUACUCUUGUUGUUAACAAUCACCAAUAUCGAGGAAAGCUGGCCAAAGGUGCUGUUCUGAAAGCCAUCUGUGCUGGUUUCGAAGAGACUACUGAACCAGCUGUUUGUUUGAGCAGUGAUGUGGAGACGAAUGAAUGUUUGGAUAACAAUGGUGGUUGUUGGCAAGAUAAAGCAGCCAAUCUCACAGCCUGCAAGGAUACAUUUCGAGGGAGAGUCUGUGAAUGUCCCUUGGUUGAUGGUGUGCAAUUCAAAGGAGACGGUUAUAGUCACUGUGAAGCUAGUGGACCUGGAAGGUGCAAGAUUAACAUCGGAGGUUGUUGGCAUGAUUCACGAGAGGGACAUGCACACUCUGCUUGUUUGGAUUUUGGAGAUGUUAAAUGCCAGUGUCCUCCAGGGUUUAAAGGAGAUGGUGUCAAAAGUUGUGAAGAUGUUGACGAAUGCAAAGAGAAGAAAGCCUGCCAGUGCUCUGAAUGUAGCUGCAAAAAUACCUGGGGAAGUUAUGAGUGCACUUGCAGUGGAGAUCUUUUGUAUAUCAGGGACCAAGAUACCUGCAUAAGUAAGAGGGGUACUGAAGUAAGAUCAGCAUGGGCUGCUGUUUGGAUCAUUUUGAUAGGCUUGGCAAUGGUUGGUGGUGGGGCUUAUCUCGUUUACAAAUAUAGAUUAAGAUCAUACAUGGAUUCUGAAAUCAGGGCUAUAAUGGCACAGUACAUGCCUCUGGAUAGUCAAGCAGAAGUUCCAAACCAUGUAAGUGAAGCUCGUGCAUGAAGAAGAAAACUCCAGUAUUUUCAAGGAGAUCUGAUCACGCAGGAUAGUCAAGCAGAUAUGUUUCUAGUUACCCCCUUUUUCGGUUGGAUUUCAAGCAUAGAUGUUAUUGAUAUGUAAAAUUUAUCUGAGGAUAAAGCAAUCCAGAAUAGAAGUGGCUAUUUGUACGUUAUAACCGGACCAUGCUGAAAAAGUUGAGAGUAGGAGCCAUCAAGGGCAGAUCAUAAGGGAUCUCUGGCUUUAGCACGGUAGCUAGAAUUUCCUUUCACAGAUUCUGAGUACCGACGAUCUUUGUCCCAUGAUUUAUAUGGCACUUAAUGUAAUUCGUUUAUGGCACUUAUGUAAUUCGUUUAUGUAUUUUAGAUGAGCUGAAUUUUUUGUUCUUAUUACUGUAUUUUAUUUUUAACUUGCAAGAGGGUUUUAGGUCGUGCAUAACGUUUUCUUUUCUGGUGGAACGUGGAUGCUGACUUCGGAAUCAUAAUAGUUCUAAAUAAUUCUUUCAUUUUUGAA